GGAAAAAUAGAACGAUACUUGUUCUUGUUUCAGCAGGAGAAAGGAGGCUGGCUUUAAGUAAAUUGUUAUUUACUUUUUCGAAGACUCGGAGAAAACCAGAAGAUUCCCCUCUUCGGGUUUGACUUCGGAGAACCAUGAGGACUAGCGACUGGGUGCUCCGUCUCUGCUUUCUGCAUCUGAGUUCUUCCCACAUCUUAGAGUGGACAUACAAUGGGGAACGCAACGAAGAUCAAUGGGGAAGGCACUUCGAACACUGCCUGGGCAAACUGCAAUCCCCUAUCAACAUUCAGAGGUCGAAAGUCAAAUUUAAUCCAGAUCUGGAACCGCUGGAGCUUCAUGGUUAUGGCCACCGGCAGGACAAAUUCAGGAUGACCAACAAUGGCCAUUCAGUUGUCAUUCAGCUACCUCCAUCCAUGAUCAUUAUGAAAGGCCUUCCUGGGAAAUUCACAGCGAUCCAGCUGCACCUUCACUGGGGAGGCAUGGAUUUUGAGACCAGUGGAUCCGAACACACCAUCAAUGGGAUGCGAUACAUAGCUGAGCUCCACAUUGUCCAUUACAACUCAGAAGCUUACUCCAGUUUUGAAGAAGCAAAAGAUCAACCUGACGGGCUGGCUGUUCUGGCUUUUCUAUUUGUGGGCAGCCAUUUUGAGAACGCCUACUACAGCGAUUUCAUUACCACAUUGGCCAAAAUUAAGUUUGCAGGGGAAUCAACCACCCUCAAUAGUCUGAAUGUCCUGGCCAUGUUGCCAGAAAAUCUCUCCAAUUUCUAUCGCUAUCAUGGUUCGUUGACUACCCCGCCAUGUACAGAGAAUGUGAUCUGGACUGUGUUUGACUCACCUAUCAAGCUGUCCCAUGCCCAGGCAAGGAGAUGUUUUCUCUUUUGGUCCCCCAUACUCCUCCAGGAAAUGCUUUUGAGAACUGUCUGCCGCGAGCUUUGUGCAAAGGAGAGCUGGGAACCAUCUGCUUCUUUGCAGAUUAAUCUGCUGGAAAACACGUUGCUUGACUGGAAGAACCAGACCCUGAGGAACGAUUACCGUCAAAUCCAGCCUCUGAACGGCAGGGUUGUCAAGGCCUCCUUCUCACCCCAGCUGGUCGAAGGAAGGUGCCGCCCCGGGAGCAUCUCCAGCAAGCUCAGCAGAAUACAGACCAGGCUUCGUGAAAUGAAGAAGUAUCUUCUGGAUGUUAUAGGCAAGCCGGGCCACCACCAACGCAGCUUGCAAGCCUUCCACUUCCCAUUGGAGAACACCGCCAGCUACGUGACCGUCAUCCCCCUCAAGCCGAUGCAGCUGAAGACCUUCACCCUGUGUUUCUGGGUGCAGAACCGCAACCAGGGCAGGCAGACCGUUCUCUUCUACUCCACUCCAGAAAGCGAGAACGAGCUGGUCAUCAGCGUGGGCAUGGCGGUGGGGGUGUGGAUUGGGGGGAAGUUUGUGCAGUUUGACCUCCACCGCCGGGCAGAAGACUGGGUCCAUCACUGUGUCACCUGGGUCUCCAGCUCGGGCACCAUCAACCUGUGGGUGAACGGGGCGGUGGGCACGGCCCGGAACAUUCAGAAAAACUACGUCAUCCAGAGCGGUGGGACGCCGAUCCUCGGCAAGCGGAAGAACGCCAUGCUGGACGUGUUUGCGGAUGCCUUCUCUGGUUGGAUGAGUCACAUCAAUCUUUGGAGCUGGCUGCUGGACCAGAACGACAUCCAGGAACUCACCCUUUGCAAACACAGUCAGCAAAAAGGAGAUAUCUUUGCCUGGGGAGAAACCCACAUGUCCCUGUUUGGCGGGGUGGCGCUAGGCCCUGAUACCAGUUGCAGGUGAAUGGCGGACUCUGCAUCGGUGCUGGGCUUUGUAAAAAUGCUUCUCUUUCCUCCCCAAAACCUUUGAAUUUGCCCGUGCCAGGACUCUGGGGGAGCUCAUGCCAUCUAAAGCAGUGUUUCUCAGC